AUGCUGGGCCUUGGCAUGCUGAAGGCCGGAGGUACUUUCUUCUUCCGCUUUGGCUGGCGGGGACGUGGGGUGCAAGAGGAACAUUGGUAUCGGGAGGCCAUCAUGCGCCUCUUGGGGCUGGUGCUUGCUUACUUCGAUGAGGUCUUUCCAUUCAAGUCCGAAAUUUACCACCAGGUUCAGUUUCUGUGGAACCUACUCUUGCAAUUUGUGAGUGCAAGGAGGGAGCACUUCAUGCACACCCCGAUUAGUCUUGGAACAAGGUUGAGCUCUGCCAUUCAGAAGAUCAUCAUUUGCCAAGCUUAUGAAGAUCUUCCUGAGUGUAUUGAGACGCUUGCAGAGUUCUCCACCCCUGAGAAUCAUCAGCGGAUUGACGAGCUCCUGGACAAAGUGGGUCGUGUGAGGGCCAUUGGCCUCUCCAGUCGCAGCACCGUUCAGGCCAAAGAAAGCCCCGAAGCUCAGCUUGUGAUCAGCCCAGUACCAUACCAUUUGACCAUGCAAGUGCUGCGGCAACGCAUGGAGUGCUUUGGGAAGAUCGCCUACAUCCGUCGCCGCUCCCACGCGAUUGGCGUGGGGGCUGAUGCGCUCAUCCAAUUCGCACAGCCCGCGCAUGCGGCCUGUGCACUGGAGGCUGUCAAUGACAUGAAGGUCCUUGGGCCAACGGUCAUUGCAAGGCCGGCCGGCCGCAUUUCGCCGAGCAACAUGGCUUUUGUGUCCUCUCAAGCCAAGGCUGGGAAAGAGCUGAGUGAAGCGGUGCAGAUCCCCACAGAGCGAAGUGUGGAUCGAUUGUCGGAUUGGUAUCGGCCCAACGACGGCGCUGCCCGCAGCUGUCGCGCAGUGGGCGGCAUCGGGCAGGCGGACACGGCCUUUUGGCGUGGAAAGUCGGCAGGUGUGCACAGGCCGGCCGAUAAGAAGGUAGAUCCCAGCGACAAAGAUAAGGACAAGGAGUCCAAGAGAAAGGCUGCUGCUGCGAAGUCCAAGCGUGAUCAUGAGGAGUUUUGCAGACCUUGCAGACUUGGCAGUUGCUUUCUGCUCACUCGCCAGCAGCUUCACGUAUCCGAGUGCAGGACACGUGGUUCUGAUGGAAGUAUGCAGGGUGCUGGGGUGAACGUGAAGAAAGACGAUGGCAAAAAGAGGAAAGAUGCUCCAGGUGCAGAUUCUUCAGUGCCAAAGAUGAAGGUUCGACACGACUCUGAAGCCUUCAAAGAGGGCGAGUCCGUGGUCAUGACCCUCAGCGACCAGCGCUUGAUCGACAAGGAUGGCAAUUUGGUGGAGACGCAGGAUGAGCUUUCGAACACCAAUUUGUUGGAUAGCGACAAGGCCAAGAAGAACGAAGCCAUCAGGUCACAAGUUGAGUAUGACCCGACCAAGCCCAAUGCAGACAUCCUUGACAAGUACGAUGAACCUGGAGCUGCUCCAACUGGAUUCAUGAUUGGAGGAGUGCCAACGGGUGUCAUUGACGAGCGAGAUCCUGAAAAAAGGUUGGCGAUCCUCACGCAAAUGAGCGAGAAUCAGACCUUAGACUUCGGGAACAAGUUCCAGUCGGACUUUUACACCUCAGAUGAAAUGGCAAAGUUUAAGAAGCCAACGAAAAAGCCUAAAAGGAAAGCCCGGAGCAAGGCGCCGGCCCUGUCGUGA